AUGACUGAUUUCCUGCGAUGGUGGAUCGGUCCAGCAGAUCAGGCGUGCUUCCAAAGGCAAUAUAGCAAACGGCGAGAUCUCAUUAUUACAGGAAUUCCUAUGAAACAAAGGGAAGAUACAACGUUAAUUAUUGUAGAUCUGGCUAAAUCUCUUGGCGUGAAAAUUGUCGUUAAAGACAUCUACGCCACACAUCGACUACCUGUUUGUCGUAUAGAUUCUACUCAACCAAUAAUCUCCCCGAUACGUCGUGAUCGCGUAGGAAAAGGUGGCGGAGGUUUAUUGGUUUUUGUUCAUAACAAUAUUAUAACUAAAUGCUGUGACAGUUUAGAGAAUCCUGAUUUUGAGACAUUAUUUUUAGAACUCUACUUGAACGGCGGGAGUUGUUAG